AUGGAACUACUUCCGCGCCAAGCUCUUAAUGUCAUUAUACCACCCCUGGCACCGUCCAUUGAGAGUGAUCGGUUACGCCUUCGUCCGGUUACUGAGUCUGACCUUCCUGGUCUCUUUGCCAUUCGCUCUCGCCCAGAGGUUGCCAAAUCAAACUACCCCAAAACACCCUUCAAAUCCAUCCAAGAAACCCGCGAGUGGGUAUCAAGCAAAGUAUUCACAGAGGGAAAUUCCGAUAUAGUUGGGCGUUCUUUUAAUUUUGUGAUUCUGGACAAGUCUAUUCCCGAGAAUCAGGAACAGAUCAUUGGAUAUGUGAGCGUCAACUGUGUUGUUCCGUGCCCUGAAAUCGGAUAUUCGCUUCUUCCCGAGGCCUGGGGCCAGGGAUAUGCGACGGAGGCACUUAAACUGAUGUUAAAGCUUUGGUGGGACCUGCCUCGACGUACGUGGGGCGAUGAUCCCAACGACGAAGUCGAGAAAAUCUAUGCCAUAAGUGAGCAAACAAAUGUUGGAAGUUGUUGUGUUCUCAGAAAGUGCGGAUUCGAGAUUGAGAAAGAAGCUCGAUUUGAGACCACUGAGCUCUAUGUGUGGGGUUUGAAGAAGCCAGUCUGA